AUGGCGGUAGUCCUCACAUCAGAGGACGACAGUUAUUUCUCGUCGUCCCUCCGCCGUUCCCACUCACAACCGAAAUUUCACACCCAGCGGCCAGGUUUCCGCACUUCCUCGUCAACUUCCCGGCUCAACGAAUACUACUCCGAACCCUCGUCAGCGUCAAGCAUCUCUUCGGCACCAUCAUCUCCACGGGCCGCCAAUGCAGAAUCUGCGUAUUUGUCAGACUCUUCUACACCAGCCACGAAUUUCUCGUUAGCUUCGGAUUGUGACGAGACAUCAACUACUCUAGAUGAUGACCCCGUGUUUCAGCAAUGCGGUGGCUCGGGGUAUUUUGGUCGCCUGGAAAGCUAUGACCCACUUCCCAGUCCGCAAGGGGAGUCUGAGGAGCUUGACGACAUGGACGCCCAACUAGGACACCAGCUCGAGUCCGACUCGACCGCAACAUCGAGACCGGGGAGUCCAGACAACAUGGGGCGAGCGGAGGACGACAUUGCAGUACGGGCACUGCCGUCCAUGCAUGUGGACUAUUUGUCACAUAACUGGCGCGAGGAAGAUAUUUGGUCGUCGUGGAAGCUUAUCGUCUCAAGAAGAGGCGAUUACAACAACUCGGCCCGGUUGGAGAAUGCGUCGUGGAGGACAUGGAUGAAGUCCAAGAACAAACUCGACACGGUUUCAGCCGAGACUCUAAACUGGCUCAAGGAUAACGACGUCACAUGGCUUUACGGGCCCUUGCAAACAGGCACUUCCAGCUUGCACCACACAUCAACCAAUUCUACAAGCGCUAGGUUGUCCAAGUCUAACUCAUUUAUCAACAACAAGAAGCCCAUCUUGAAGAAGAGGAGCAUGUCGGAGAUUAUGCUCCAGCAGUCUCUGUCAACUUCCUCGCUCGUGAAGCAAGCAGCUGCGGCGGUACAAGCCCAGCAAAAAGGGAACCUGAAAAGGAUAGGGCGGCGCCCAGGUCUUGAGCGGGCCGCUACCGACUACAUCACCUUCCCGUUCUCAUCUCGUAGGCUGAGCCACAACAAUUCCAGCCUCUGCCCCUCGACGAGUUCAUCCGGUGUUGUGUCCCCAAAUAGCGGACGGAAACACAUUCACUUCAACGAACAGGUUUCACAGUGUAUUGCGGUCGACAUCAAGGGCGACGACGACGACGACGAGGUGGACCGCUACCACUAUAACAGCGACUCGGAUGAUGGGGUAAUCAUGAUGAAGCGAACCCGAUCCAAGAAGCGCAGGCCGAUCCUGAGAAAGACAAAGAGCCACAACCACGGCGGUGAGAGCAAGACCAUCGCGAUGCUCCCUUCUACCACGUUGAAGUUCCGAGAGGACACUCCCGAUCCUGCGGAAACGGCUUUGAAGCACAGCAAGAGCCCAAUACUGUCUCCUUCGUCGUCCCAAGAAACCCUACGCCCAUCCAAGAAGUCUAGCAAAAUUUUCUUUGCGGGCGAUGAGGAUGAAGACGAUGAUGACGAAGAUGAAGAGGAGAGGAUCAGCAUCCGCCCUGGUACAUUCCCGGGCUCCCAGUUCAGUGAAGGGGGAUCCGGACUUCGCCGAUCUACCUCCACGGCCAGUCUCUCAGCCGAACCUGCCGGUAUGCGUAGGACCGCAUCUGGGAUGUUCAUGCCCGCAGAGGGAAUAGCACCCAGCUCUCUGGAUGACGGCAUGGUCGGUCGCAUCCUCAAUACGGUAAAUACGGCCCGGGACAUCGUCCACGUCAUCUGGAACGUAGGGUGGAGGAGGUGA